AUGAGUUCACCUCCAGUUACAGGCAGUGGCGGUGGUUCUCGCCGAGCACGUUAUUCACGUUCACCAUCAAAUAGUGUGCCGCCAUCGAAACGUUCUAAGCCGUCAAGUUCAGCUGAUGGUGGAAGUAACUCCGAGCAGCAUCGACUUUACACAUCGAUUUGUGUAAAAAAUGUCAAUCCAAAAAUUCCCGAUCUCGAGGUUCGUGAAUUGUGUAGUAAAAAAUUUUCUAAAUAUGGUACAAACUCGGUGAAGAUCUAUUAUAAAAAUCAAGAACGUGUUGCUUUUGUUAAUUUUACUAAUUGUGAAGAUGCACGUAAAGCACGUCAUGCAAAAACUGGUCUCAUAUGGGAGAAUAUUCAAGUUGUACUCGAACCUGUUUAUUAUCGUCGAACUGUUCCAGCCGAGCAACCACUUAAUCCUGGUAGUCCACGUGAACGUUCUCCACCCUCUCCAAAACGUCGUCCGCGUCGUCCAUCACCAAGUCCUCCACCACCACCGCCGCCACCACCUAGUUCUCGUGGUCGACAUCAUCAUACAUCUUCACCACCACGCUCCCGUCGACAUUAUUCACCUUAUAUUCCAUUGCCACCUGAUUUAGCUGAUUAUGCUACAACGAAAGCAGGUCGAAAUCGACAAGGUUCAUCGCCGUCACCACCUCGUGAACAACAUCGACGACGUAGUCGUAGCCGAUCAAUGUCAACAUCACCGGUUGCAUAUAAAACAACACGAGGAAAAUAUGAAGAUUUUUCAGCGGCUCGUGCCGAAUCCAAUGUGCAACAUGAACCAACGCGUACAUUAUUCGUUGGCAAUCUCGAACGAGACGUAAGAGAAUCGAAAUUAAAAGAAGUUUUCGGCCGAUAUGGAACAAUUGAAGAAAUUGAUCUUAAAGUUCCACAGUCAUCAUCCAAACGAGCAUAUGCUUUUAUUCAAUAUGAAAAUAUGGACAUGGCAUACGAAGCAAGACGUGCCAUGGAUGGCCAUUUUAUUGGCAAAGCUGAUUGCAAAAUUGGAUAUGGCAAAAUCGUACCAACGAAUUGUCUUUGGGUAGGCAACAUACACAUAGAUAUAAAACGACGAGAGCUUGAACAAGCAUUUGCCCGUUAUGGAAAAAUAAAAUCAUUUGAUUUUGCAACUGGCGAUCCAAUAGCUAUUGUUUCUUAUGAUGAAAUUGAAGAUGCAAUUAAAGCACGCGCUAAAAUGACUGGUGUUACAGAAAUAGUUGAUGGUCAUAAAGUUCGAACUGAAUCUGGCCAAUCGGAUUCAUCACGUCGUCCCGGUCUUCGUAUUGAUUAUCUUGAUCGACCAACAGCACGACGUUUCGUCAUCGUACGUCCACAAGAUAAUACAACCAAACGUCGUACAUCUCGAUCAUCAUCAGCGUCGUCAGCUUCAUCGGCACGAUCAUCAAAAGAACGUGUACGUUCAGUUUCGAAUGAUGAUCAACGAGAAGUUGUGAAUAGUAAAAAUGCUAAACGACAAUCAAGCUCACGUUCACCAUCACCAAUAAAGAAAAGACGAACUCCAACUCCACCGCCUGUCGUUGAUCACCAUUUCUAUGGUCCAUUUGGAUCAUAUUUAUCAUCCGAUGACACAACAAAUGUUAACAACAUUAGUGAUUUAAUGGCGCUCUAUGAAAAAAUCAAUUUAUCAUUAAAGUCAAAUACACAUCUAUCGACAAUUUACCCUGUUCAAUUUAUACUUAAAUCGCAUGCAUACGAUGCACGCAUGUAUUUUCUUGCUGGCAAUUCAAAUCUUGCUAAAGCUGUUCUUGGUCAACCAGGUGAUUAUAAAGAUAAGAAAACUGAAUUGAAGGUAACACAACGUCUUCGUCUGGAUCAACAUAAAUUUGAAGAGCUCGACGGAAAACUUCGUGACAAUGUUACCGACGCAUUAUCAAAGGCAAAUGUCAAUGGACAAUCAUCGCCUAAUAAUGAUAGAAAACAAAUUAAUCCUGCCAAUCGAACGAGAUUCGCUAUAUUAAUAACAUCGUCGAAAACACAAAAUUCAAAUGAAAAUUCGCAACGCAAAUCUAAUGGACGCGCCAAUUCACCGACUCAUCCAUCAUCAUCGGAUGAAACUGAUGAUCGAUCGCAAUUGAAAAAACCUAUCGAUGAUGAUGAUGAUGAGUCAUCGCUUUCUCGUCUAAUAUCGUAUCUUGCCGUGAAAGAAGCAGCUGGUGUAAUAACAAUGCCGUUUAAUCCAAGUACAAGCAAAGAUUAUGACAAUUCAAAAGGUCAAGACAGCGCAACGUUAAAUAUCUAUCCUACAUGUCAAUUUAGUAAAAAAGUUUUAAGAGUUAUUUGUCCAUCAAUCGGCUUUUCGAAUGGCCCACGCACACCACCAUCGCGUCCAACAACAUUGAUUAAUGAUGAACAUCUUAUGGUUGUUAUCCAACAGAACGAUUAA